AUGUCGAGUCAGUACGCUGAGAGUUUCACCCUGCUAGGGCUGGGCCUCGUCUUCAUCAUCGUCCGGGUCUGUGUACGCUGGACGCAGGUUGGGCCGUCAAAUUUCCAGCUCGACGACUUUUUGAUGCCUCUGGCUGGGAUAGUCUUCACCAUCGAAGUCACGCUCGCGUAUCUGGUCGGAUCCAAGUAUGACGGUCUCACGAACAGUUACAUGACCGACGAACAGCGCGCGGCCCUUGACCCCAACUCCAGGGAGUACUACAACCGGAUCAUGGGGUCGAAGAUCCAGGUUGCCGGGUGGUCGCUGUACGUGAUGGUAUUGUGGCUGAUCAAGGGCGCGCUGGCGGUUUUCUAUUCACGAUUAACAACGGGUCUAAGCCACCUCCCGUCUCGUGUGCGCUUUGCAUAUGUCCUCCUCGCCGUGACAUAUCUCGCUGUGGCCUUGACGCUCAUAUUGAGCUGCCAGCCUAUGCGGCGGUUUUGGCAGAUUAACCCGGAUCCUGGCAAUUUAUGCCAACCCACCCGCUCAAUGGCCUACGUCCUCGUCGUCAUGAUUCCCAAUGUCCUGACAGACCUCUACCUCAUGUCCAUUCCACUUCCUCUCCUCUGGGCAGUGAAGAUCGGCAUUCGACGCAAAAUCACCCUGAUGGGUCUCUUCAGCGGUGCCAUCUUCAUUGGCGUUGCCGGGAUUAUCCGCGCGGUGAUCAUCAUAACUGCCGGUCCCAACGGCGCAAUUGAAGGAAGUAAAUGGGCCUGCCGCGAAAGUUUCGUCAGUAUCGUCGUCUCGAACCUGCCAAUCUUACAGCCGCUUAUCCGCCGCUGCGCGAGCAAGAUCGGUCUAAGCGGAUUGUUCAGUAAUAGCGGCGGUAAGGAGAGCAGCUACAAGUACGGAGGCGGCCGGGGGAAAGGGACAUCGAGACGCCGCGAGGGCGAUUAUCCGUUGACUUCUGUUACCGGCACGGGGGGCGGGACGGUAACGGGGACAGGAACUGGGCUAGGGAAGGCCAAGUCCGAGAGGAAGCGGGAUCGUCUGCGGUUUGGCAGUGUGCAUCAGACGGAGACGGCGGAGAGUGACGAGGAGGUUCUUGUUGGUGGUGGCGGGAGGAAGAAUAAGGGGCAGAUCACGGUCACGCAUGAGACCGUCAUUGAGAGGGAGGAAGAGAGUCCGACUGGCAGUGGAGAGGGAGACAGAGCUGGAUUCGCGCAUAGCCUUGGGCAGACGUCCCUUUCGGGCCUUGGUGGAAAUACCUGGGACAGCAAGGGCGCAAGAGGGCCACAGGCUUGAGAUAGCGUAACGCAAUAUUUCCUAUUUCGUAUUCAUGUACAUAUACUGACUACCCAGACUAUCUUUAAUAUUUU